AUGGAGUUCGAUAUAUUAAAUGAAAUAUUGACUGGCACAGUCGCCCAGCUCUUCACAGAUUUGUCUAAGCAUGCCAACUAUAUGAAGACCUCUUCUUAGAUGGGACAAGAUAAGAGUGAAAUUCCAAAGUAAUUUGAUUUCUACAGUGGAAGUGGUCUCAGUGGAUCGUAUGGAGGAUCAGGCAGCAGCCUUACUAAUAGCAGUGAUAAUGGAGGACGCCACUCUGUUGACUCUAAUAUUUAAGAAUGGAUUCAAGGAGAUGCCAAGAUAAAACUAUAAGAUGCUCUCUCAAAAUUAGGGUUGGAUUCAACCAAGAUCAAUGGAAAGCAUCUAAUGACUUAUUCAUUGGAAGAGCUAAAUUUAGAGAAGAAAAAAGUGAAAAAUGAGUUGAAGCAGUACGAUUAGAGUUUCCUGAAUAAGUUCAAUCGUCUUCCUAAUAGACCAGAAAAGGAGCCAAUGCGUAACAUUUAUAUGUACUACAAAAGAUUAAAACAAGCAAUUACAAAAACCUAAGCUAUUGGAGGCGCAGGAGGCCAAGGAAGAAGUUAGUCAAUGGGUGCUGCCCGUUAAAACCCCAGAAAUGGCUAUAUAUAAAUGGGUUCACAGCCUUAGCCACAACAUUAGAGUAUGAGUUAACCUCAAACAAGAGCAAGUUCAAUAGCUUCAAGUGGCCAAUUAUCAAGUGGCUACCUGUCUGACAAUGUUGCUAAUCCAGAGGAGUAGAAAUAUGAGGAAGAUAAAUUAGUGAAUGCACAAGUUUCAAGCUUAGUGACGAAUACUCAGAGCAGCACAACUGGAGGUAGCUAAUCUGAUAGUCAGUAUCUGAUGAAGAAGUAUAAUCUUAGAAGUAUAUUUGACGCUGAGAGGAAGGCAGUAGAACUAAAAAAUGAAAGAAAAGGACUUAGGACCAAGCUAGACAAAUUCCAAAAAGACUUUGAAACAAACCAUAAAAGAAAAAUUGCAUAUACAAAAGACAUUGCUCCAGUAGCAUCAGAGUUUAAGAGAUAUAGGGAACUUAAGAUUGAGUUGUAGAAAUUUGAGGCAAUUCUUGCAAAUUAAUAUGAUAAGAAGAAUAAUACUGCCUUCUAAUGA